GCGGCUUUUGCUAGGUCGAGGCCGAAUUUGCGUGAACCCCUAGUUACCAUACGUCAAGCAUACAAAACGAUUUCGGCGGCCGACGCGAGCGCAGACGCACGUGCUCAUCUCAUUGCUGAUACAUAGUGCCGGUUUAUUCGUGCAUUGUGAUCGCGAUACGUGUUUUUGUUAUUUCUACUGCUGAAGACUUCUAUACCAAAGAUGUACAGAUUAAUGUCAUCCAUCGCGGUGGUGAUAGCAAUUGGAGCAGGACUAGUGAUUACCUACGUCCGAUAUAAAGUCCCAGAGAGACCCAGAUUCGACUUGGAGAAAUGGUGGGGCAUUGGAAGCAAACCAAAGGAAGAAGACACUUCGAUUAGAAUAUUCAGCGUAGACUUUAAUGAUACGAUGAUACACGAUUUAAAGCAGAGGAUAAGAAAUAGACGACCGUUGACAAGACCCUUAGAAGGCAUCCAAUCGGAAUAUGGGAUGAACACCUUAUACCUUGAGAAAAUUCUUGAGUACUGGGUCGAUAAAUACGACUUUAAGGGCAGAGCCGCGUUACUGAAUAGAUACCCGCAUUAUAAAACGAGAAUACAAGGUUUGGAUAUCCAUUUCAUGCGAGUGAAGCCCGACGCGAGAGGGUUAAAGGUCUUGCCCUUACUGAUGCUCCACGGAUGGCCAAGUUCCUCUAAAGAGUUCGACAAAGUUAUACCGAUGUUGACUACGCCCAAAGAUGGGUACGACUUCGUAUAUGAAGUUAUAGCAGCCGAUCUCCCUGGCUUUGGAUUUUCUGAGGGCACAAAUAAGCCUGGUUUGAACCCAGUUCAAAUGGGCAUAAUGCUGAAAAACCUAAUGAAAAGGCUUGGCCACGAAAAGUUCUAUAUUCAAGCGGGAGACUGGGGGUCACAAUGCGCCAGCCAUAUGGCCACGUUAUUCCCUGAAGACAUACUAGGAUACCACACAAACAUGCCGAUAUCUUCAAGACCCAUCAGCUCCUUCAAGCUGCUGUUAGGAUCGUUCUUCCCGAAUUUGGUUGUUGAUCCUAAGUAUGUCAGCAGGGUGUAUCCCUUGAAAAAAUUAUUCUCAUACCUGAUAAGAGAGAGCGGAUACUUUCACAUACAAUCCACUAAGCCGGACACUGUUGGUGUUGCCCUAACUGAUUCACCAGUAGGUCUGGCCGCGUACGUGAUUGAGAAAAUGGCCAUAUGCAGCAAUAGGGACCAACUGAACACUCCCCACGGAGGCAUCGAGAACCUCAACUUGGACGAUGUGUUAGACACCAUUACCAUUAUCUGGGCGAACAACUGCAUAGUCACCUCGAGCAGGAUCUAUGCUGAGGGAUUUCAGCAGCCUGAAGUCGUGCUGGUGCAGGAAAUUCCGACACCGGUGCCGACAGCAGCAAUCAACUUCAAGUACGAAGUCCUCUACCAACCAGAUUGGAUUUUGAAGGACAAAUUCCCCAAUCUAGUCCGAUCAACAACGGUCGACGUCGGCGGCCAUUUUGCUGGAUUGCAGACACCACAAAUGCUAGCCGAUGACGUGUACGCAGCGGGCGCUGCCUUCUUGGCGUUCCACAACAAGUCUCGAAGAUAAAAGUAAAGUUUACCACUUAAUAUGUCUAACUGUGACUCUUUAAAACCAAUUUUUUGUACUUUUUAUAUGACAAGAGAACUUUAACAUGGUCUCAAUGUGUUACCAAAUAUGAACGUAUUGUUGUAUGUAUGAUGCGGUACAAACUCGGACAUAAGUUAACAACUUUCACCUUUUAGGUAUGAAAUGUCUCAGAUGUGACGUGACUUGGCAAUACUUUGCUAUCUUUAAAUAAAAUACAACUAAGCUUUACUUGUAUGUAUUUGUUGAGUCAUAUUACAAAUUAGGCUGUUUCAAUAACAUUAUGUUUGACAUCUAAUUACAUGUUUAUGUCCUAUGUAUAUUAUUAUGUAAUUAUUUCGAUUCGCUCCCUCGUUUGCCUCGCAAACAAGCGAGUGGCCAAAUUAUAGUUACACAAGGUUGUGAGGUUAAUAAUGUUUUGUAUGUUUUAAUAACUCAAUGAGAUAUAACUAAUCGGUUUAAAGAUUAGAUUACGGGGUCAAAACGCUUAUUUUCUUUUCUGUUUUAGUUGUCUUCAUUCGAUUUCUAUGUACAUACGUAUUUUUUAAAAUCAAUCAAUAUUGUCUAGAUGUAAUUGUAACGGCUAAAUACUACAGUGAACUUUCUUAAAAUCAUUACAAAAGGAAUGAAUAUUAUUCCAAAUAACUUCUGAAGUCCUAUUGACCCAUUGGUGCAUCACAAAAAAAUAUCUAUGCCUGUGUUACACCACGCUAUAGUUAAGAAGAUUGAAUGUAGUAUUUCGCAAAUGCUCACUGUUUUUAUUCGUACUUAAAUUAGUUCCAUACAAUUCAAUUAGGCAAUAUUUUUCAAUUUAUAUUUUAACCCGAUAUAAAAACAGAGGAUAAGCGAUUGGCAUACAAGUAUUUUUAGGUUAAGUUAUAUUGGUUUAGCGAGUAUAGACUGA